GUCACAUGGGAUCGAUCUGUUUCGGAGAGUUGGAGAAGUCAUCGUGAGAAGGCUGCCUCCAGGACAGCGCUGCCAGAAGGAAAAUGUCCAAAAUCCAUAGUGAAAAGUCCUUCAUCACGAGACACCGGCUGUCCACCCACUCCACAGACGAAGAGCUGGCUGUCAUCGAGAAUGGAGACAGCAGAGCUCUGUCGUGUGGUGAAGAGGAGUCAGACAGAGCAUUGUCCACCCGAGCCUCCUUCACUGGGGCUGGAGCGAUGGCGCGGCUUUCUCACUUCUUCCUCAUGCUGCGCUCCUGGGUCAUCCACAGAGGUGACACUGAGGUGGAGCGCCAUGACUCAUUUCUGGAGAGAUUCCGAGGUCCAGAGCUCCAAGACAUCGCGAGUCGAGGGAGCAAUGCCACCCAAUCUGUGGGGCUCAACGACGCCGUACGCAAGAGGAAUCUUGCAAACAAGUGGCCUCUGGCUGCUUACAACAUGAAUAAUUGCAACAACACAGAUGACAAAAAGGAAGACAAAAAAGAGGAGAUUAAGAAAGAAGAGAAAAAGGAAGAAGAGAAAAAAGAUGAAAAGAAAGAAGACAAAAAAGAAGAUGAGAAAAAGGAUGACAAUAAAGACGAUAAGAAAGAUGAGAAAAAGGAUGAUAAGAAAGAUGAGAAAAAGGAUGACAAGAAAGACGAUAAAAAAGACGAUAAAAAGAAAGAGGAACCUCCGAAAGAAAUCUGGAUUAUGGACCCAGCUGCAGACAUGUAUUACAGAUGGCUGACUGUCAUCGCUGCACCAGUAUUUUAUAAUCUUAUCAUGAUUGUAACAAGAGCAUGUUUUAACGAGCUACAGGACACCUACACAAAGUUGUGGAUUUUCCUUGACUACACUUCAGACUUCAUCUAUUACACAGAUACAUUUGUCCGGUCAAGAACAGGAUAUCUGGAACAGGGCCUAUUGGUGAAAGAUGCCAAGAAACUGCGAGCCAAAUACAGAACCACACCUCAGUUCAAAUACGACAUGAUUUCAAUGAUCCCAACCGAUCUGCUGUUUUUAAAGUUCGGAUACAACAACCCAGAGUUUCGAUUCAACCGCCUUUGUAAAAUGGCCAGACUUUUUGAGUUCUUUGAGCGGACUGAGACCAGAACCAGCUACCCAAACAUGUUCAGAAUUAGCAACCUUGUGCUUUACAUCCUGGUUAUUAUCCACUGGAACGCAUGUAUGUUCUUUGCCAUCUCAAAAACAAUUGGAUUUGGGACGGACACAUGGGUUUAUCCCAAUAUUAGCCACCCGGAACAUGGACGAUUGGCAAGGAAAUACAUUUAUUCCUUAUACUGGUCCACUUUGACACUCACUACCAUUGGAGAGACCCCGCCUCCAGUCAAAGAUGUGGAGUUUUUGUUUGUCAUUGCAGAUUUUCUUACCGGUGUGCUGAUUUUCGCCAGUAUUGUCGGUAACGUAGGUGCUAUGAUUUCUAACAUGAAUGCCUCCCGUGCUGAAUUUCAAGCCAAAAUUGACUCCAUAAAACAGUACAUGCAGUUUCGAAAAGUCACCAAGGAUUUAGAAGCCAGGGUGAUCAAGUGGUUUGACUAUUUGUGGACAGAGAAGAAGACAUGCGAUGAGAAAGAAGUGUUGAAAUUCCUACCUGAUAAAUUGAAAGCUGAAAUCGCCAUCAAUGUGCAUUUGGAUACGUUGAAGAAAGUGCGUAUUUUUCAGGAUUGUGAAGCAGGGUUGUUGAUUGAGUUGGUGCUUAAGCUGCAGCCACAAGUGUUUAGUCCUGGAGAUUAUAUUUGCAAGAAGGGAGAUAUUGGAAGAGAAAUGUACAUUAUCAAAGAAGGGAAGCUGGCUGUGGUAGCUGAUGAUGGGGUAACACAGUUUGUAGUGCUUAGUGAUGGAGCAUACUUUGGAGAAAUUAGUAUUUUGGGAAUCAAAGGUAGUAAAGCUGGAAAUAGACGAACAGCCAAUAUCAGAAGUGUGGGAUACUCUGAUCUUUUUGCCCUAUCCAAAGAUGAUUUGAUGGAAGCUUUAACGGAGUACCCAGAAGCUAAAAAAGCCUUGGAAGAGAAAGGUAAAGCCAUUUUAAUGAAAGAUAACCUUAUUGAUGAGGCAGUCGCUAACGCCGGAGCAGACCCUAAAGAUUUGGAGGAGAAGAUUGUGAAAUUGCAGUCUAACUUGGACUCAAUGCAGUCCAAGUUUGCACAGCUCAUGGCAGAGUUCACUUCGACACAAACUAGGAUGAAGCAGAGGGUCACAGACAUGGAGGCAAAAGUGAAAUCUAUAAAACCGGAAGAUUUGUCUGAGGUGGUGGCUGACAAGGACAAAAAAGUACAAUAAUCAAACUAUUUGCAAAGACUUUUCA